CAUGUCCUACGUUAUAUAAAAGCAGUGGGCACCACGCACCACCACCAGUCCGGCCCGGUGCGUUGCCUAGCGAACUCGCCACGCCAAAACCGCUCUUAUCGUUCGAGACUUAAACUAUAGCAACAUGAGGGAAUGCAUCUCAGUACACAUCGGACAAGCCGGCGUCCAGAUCGGCAAUGCCUGCUGGGAGCUUUACUGCUUGGAGCACGGCAUCCAGCCAGACGGCCAGAUGCCCUCCGAUAAGACCCUGGGCGGUGGGGACGACUCCUUCAACACCUUCUUCAGCGAGACCGGCGCGGGCAAGCACGUGCCGAGAGCUGUCUUCGUCGACUUGGAGCCUACUGUAGUCGACGAAGUGCGUACCGGCACCUACCGCCAGCUGUUUCAUCCGGAACAACUUAUCACUGGUAAGGAAGAUGCCGCCAACAACUACGCGAGGGGACACUACACCAUCGGCAAAGAAAUCGUCGAUGUUGUGCUGGACAGGAUCAGGAAGCUCGCUGAUCAGUGCACUGGAUUGCAGGGAUUCCUGGUGUUCCACUCGUUUGGUGGAGGCACCGGCUCCGGGUUCACGUCCCUCCUGAUGGAGCGCCUAUCCGUGGACUAUGGAAAGAAGUCUAAACUGGAGUUCUCCAUCUACCCUGCACCACAAGUAUCAACAGCAGUGGUGGAGCCGUACAACUCCAUCCUCACCACGCACACGACCCUGGAGCACUCGGACUGCGCCUUCAUGGUCGACAACGAGGCCAUCUACGACAUCUGUAGGAGGAACCUGGACAUCGAGAGGCCAACCUACACCAACCUGAACAGGCUUAUUGGACAGAUCGUGUCGUCCAUAACGGCGUCGCUGCGGUUCGACGGCGCGCUGAACGUGGACCUGACGGAGUUCCAGACGAACCUGGUGCCGUACCCGCGCAUCCACUUCCCGCUGGCCACCUACGCGCCCGUCAUCUCCGCGGAGAAAGCGUACCACGAGCAGCUCACCGUCGCCGAGAUCACCAACGCCUGCUUCGAGCCCGCUAACCAGAUGGUGAAAUGCGACCCGCGCCACGGCAAAUACAUGGCGUGCUGCAUGUUGUACAGAGGCGACGUGGUUCCCAAGGACGUGAACGCAGCCAUCGCGACCAUCAAGACCAAGCGGUCCAUACAGUUUGUGGACUGGUGUCCCACUGGCUUCAAAGUGGGCAUUAACUACCAGCCGCCGACGGUGGUGCCGGGCGGCGACCUGGCCAAGGUGCAGCGCGCCGUGUGCAUGCUGUCCAACACCACCGCCAUCGCGGAGGCUUGGGCCAGACUGGACCACAAAUUCGACUUGAUGUACGCGAAGCGCGCGUUCGUGCACUGGUACGUGGGGGAGGGGAUGGAGGAAGGGGAGUUCUCGGAAGCGCGCGAGGAUCUCGCGGCGCUCGAGAAGGACUACGAGGAGGUCGGGGUGGACUCCACCGAGGGCGAGCUGGAUGAGGACAACGAGUACUAGGCUGGGGGGUGUGAUGUGCGAUAGGUAUCUGCCAUUACAGACAGGCCUCUACUAUCGACCAAGUGUAAUAUUUAGUUAAAAAAUGACAGCUAUCUAUCU